AUGUCAUUCACAAAAACAGGAUUAUAUCCACUUGAUCCAUCAGCGGUUAUCUUAGACAAGAUAAAAGCGAAUAAUAGAUUUUAUGGGUUUACCGAAGAAGUAGAAGUUCAGUCUAAUUCUACUACAGUUGAACCCACAAGCUAUAUUGCGCAAAACUCAUCAUUCAUAAAUACACCACUACCAUAUAUUUCAUCGAUUAUUUACUCAACAACAGAUAAUCCUGGUCCAGAUUUACAAGCACUGUUAACUGAAAAAACUAUACAAGAUCAUUCAGAUGAUGAUGAGGAUGAAUUUCUUGAUAACAGAAAACAAAAGAGGCUCAUGAGUCAUGCUCCAUCAUUAAAUACUGUUAAUUUAAAUGAUCAAAAACCUCUGGAAGAAAUCAUUCAUAAUACGAUUCGCAAACAUAUGGAAAUAUCGCCUUCACGAAAACGCAAACAGCGUCAACAACUCAUUCCGCGACAUGAUGGUGAAUUUCUCACGUCACCCGAAGCUAUGGCGCGAUUAUUAGAGAAGGAAAAGGCUAAAUCUCAAAAAUCAGAAAAGAAAAAGCGUAUGACAAAGCAAAAGUCCAAUAUGAGAAAGAAAUUAAGCGGUUUAAUCGACUGUCAUUUCUCAACUACAACUAGUACACCAACAUCAAUAAGUACCGACAUUCAUUGCGCAACUUCAACAUUAGAUGAUUCUUCGGCUAUCAGAACUCCACAACGUUUAUCUCUGAUCAAUUUAUCUCCUACGAAAUGUGUUUACCAUCCGCCUAUUAGUAACAGUCUUUAUCCGGCGAUAUUGUAUGAUUCACCAACUAAUUAUGAAAGAUUGAGUACUCAAAACAACGGGUUAUGUGAUCGGUGUCAUUAUACUUCGUUGUCUAUCAGAUAUCAAUCUUGUAUUAUGUGUAGUCAAAAAAUUUGUCAUGAUUGUGGAAAAUACGAUCCCGGUUAUUUUGAAGCGUAA